UGGGAUGAGAGCGCUGUGCGGUAAUAACGCCGGACAGGGAUGACCUCUGUGUCUUGAGCUGCGCUGCCUCUUUCUUUUCUCGGGGGGUGGAGGACUGGGACGGCACGGCGACCUGUUAGGACGAGCGUGUUCCUCCCCACAUGCGCGCAGUCUGGCAUACUUGUACGCACACACGCACACAAACAAAACAGCCCAGCGCGGCGCAGACAGGUCUGGCUUUUCUCCGGGCUGUUUAAAAGAAGCCAGGCAGCAGAAGAGUUACGGAGUCAAUGAGAAAGCGGUUUCGGUGCACUUAAACGAGCGGGACGUUGAAAAAAAAAAAAAAAUCAGCGGCGGAACUUGGAUAUGGCGGGUGUGAAGACAUUCGACCUCAUCAUUGGAGUUGUUUUAGUUUUGCAAUGUGUGGGAGAUGCGUUUCAAGCCCAAGCCGAGCUCAGCAGCGACGGGGUCUUCUACUCAUACGUGCAGGGGCAGGCACCAGGAGAUGAGGAUGUGGCGGUGGACAUGAAACUGUACAGUCACCGGUGGAGGAGAUGGCUGGCCCCGGAGCCUCGUAACAUGGACAGUAACAGAGCCAGCCAGGACCAAGACCAGGAGCCUGAGGAGGAGCCCGAAGGCUUCCCGGGCGUGCUGUCUGCCGAGGAAACAGAUAACAGCUCCCAGAUAGAGGAGGACACAGAUCACAACUACUACACAUCAAAGACAUACGGGCCCACAGACCCAAUGAGUAAGGACUUGUGGGUAAAUAUCGAACAGAUGGACAAGGAAAAGGUGAAGAUCCACGGGGUUCUGUCCAACACACACAGACAAGCUGCGAGAGUUAAUCUAUCCUUCGAUUUCCCUUUUUAUGGACAUUUCCUGCGUGAAAUCACUGUGGCGACCGGUGGCUUCAUCUAUACAGGUGAUGUGGUCCACCGGAUGCUGACAGCGACACAGUACAUCGCUCCUUUAAUGGCUAACUUUGACCCAAGUGUGUCCAGAAACUCCACUGUCAUCUACUUUGACAAUGGCACUGCUCUGGUGGUCCAGUGGGACCACGUCCACCUGCAGGACAACUACAACCUGGGCAGCUUCACCUUCCAGGCCACGCUGCACAACGAUGGCAGGAUCGUGUUUGCAUACAAAGAGAUCCCAAUUGAGGUGUCACAGAUCAGCUCUGUCAAUCAUCCAGUCAAGGUGGGCCUGUCUGAUGCUUUUGUGGUGGUCCACAGGAUCCAGCAGAUACCCAAUGUGAGGCGGAGGACGAUUUAUGAGUACCACCGUGUGGAGCUGACGAAGACCAGGAUCACCAAUUCUACAGCAGUGGAGAUGAUGCCUUUACCCACCUGUCUCCAGUUCACCAGCUGCAGCGCCUGCAUCUCCUCGCAGAUCAACUUCAACUGUAGCUGGUGCCACCGCCUCAACAGAUGUUCCAGUGGCUUUGACCGCCAUCGGCAGGACUGGGUGGAUAACAGCUGCCCAGACGAGACCAAGGACAAAACCUGUGACAUCAUCAACACCACACAUCUCUAUCCCUUCACCACCACAGUCGUUGCCAGGACAACAUCGAGGAGCAGGGAGACGACCGUCGGCAGGGACACAUCCUCCACCUCCCAUCCUCCCACCAGCGUCCCCACUGAAGAUGACACCAAGAUUGCUCUGCACCUCAAAGACAACGGAGCAAUGCCAGCAGACAGUGCUGCUGAGAGGACGACAGGCACACACCCCCUGCACACCGGCCUGAUUCUGGGCAUCCUCAUGGUGAUGCUCAUCAUGGCUGCUGGCAUUUUGGUCACCGUCUACAUCUACCAUCACCCCACCUCUGCAGCCAGCCUCUUCUUCAUUGAGAGACGCCCCAGCAGGUGGCCAGCCAUGAAGUUUCGUCGGGGGUCGGGUCACCCGGCCUAUGCAGAGGUCGAGCCGGUGGGCCAGGAGAAGGAGGGCUUCAUCGAGUCGGAGCAGUGCUGAGGGAGGAGGGGGCGUUCACAUCCCCGCAGCCCCCCUUCCACGUCGCCCCUCCUCCCUCCUUGUGCCUGCUCCACGGGGACUUCUUCUUCUUCUCAUCAGGAACUGGCUCCCAGGAUGUGCCCGCUGCCGCUUACCGGUGGAAAAAGCUCAGUGUACAGAGUGACUCGUGAGACGUGAGGAUUGUGGAACCGGCCCUCCUGCGAGAACUAGAUGGGCCUGCACCAGGAGAGCCCCGAUCUGAUUUAAGAGCCAAGGAUGUGAAAUCGCUGCCAGAGUGAACUGUGCUGUGGAAAAAGCCCUGAAAACUGAUCCCAGACAAGCUCAUUGUGCAGGUCCUUAAAUGGCUCCUGUUGACAAGGGACUGACCUGCUGGGGACAGAGGGAGGGAAUAGCAUUGAGGUCAUCUGCUCAGCCGGCGUUAGUAAAGAGUUUGUAAGUCUACUGUCAUGUUGCCAUGGAGCAGUUGUACAGCCUGACUGCCUAGACUCAUACUGGUGUACCUGAGGGGGGAGGAGGACGAACAAUACAAUAUAUAUUUUCAGAAACAAUACAGAUUAUGUGAACAAGAGAUUUCCACUUUAUUGUUGGUGGGGUUAUAUAGGCCUUUGUAUAUCCAUCAGGUUUUUGCUUAUGUUUCCUUUUGUCUUUCAGUCUGUCGUUUUCACAGGGGUUGGCAUAUGUAACUGUAUCUGUUGGUCGCUGGUAUUGCUUUCCAAUACCAUACCAGGCUUGAUUAACUUUUCCAUGGCCUGUUCUCCACAGCGAGAACACGACGUGACCUGAACUCCUGCCAGGGCGGUCGAUACCAGCUAGGAGUGGCUCUCUGAACAUUUCAGCAUCAGCGUUGAAUUAGUUUUAUGAUGUUUGGUUGGUUUCAUUUCCUGAUUAUGAAUGAAGCAUAAGAUGUUUUUGUUCUUUGAGAAUUUUUUUUUUUUUUAAAUGGGUGAUGGGCAUACUUUUCUAUCCUCAUUCUUUUGAUUGCUCCUUUGAUUGAUUGCUUAUGUUAUCUUUUUUUUCAUCCAUUACUACCGUGCCAUUUUGUCCUUGACUAGAGUUUGCACAAAGUUUUUGUUUUCCAUGCACAUAUAUUAUGCACAUAUUUUUUUUUUUCUUUCAUUUGACAUGUGGUACUAAUGCAAAAUUACAAGACAGGCGCUUGUGAGUGUGUAUGCUGAAUAUGUUCUCUAAUGUGUCAGUGAUUUCUUGAAUGUGUGUGUGUGUGUGUGUGUGUGAGAGAGAGAGAGAGUGAGAGAGAGAGAGCGCGGUUUACAGUAGUGAUUGGAUAUUCACCUGCUUUAUGGGUGCGUAUAUUUGAGCUGGCUCUGCAUAGUUGAUGCUCAUUGAUUAAUCUGAGGUACUUAAAUACAGCUUGUACGGGCCAGAAAACACACUGGCCUGUUUGGAGUUUUCCUUGAUUUUACAGUGUGGUUUCCCACUUCAGUGUGAUCUGUUGCCAGCAUAAUAAUUGGCUAGCCUGUGUCCAUGUUAACACAAUUAUAAUGGUUGGCUCAUCCAUGUGAGCACAAUAAUGUAUAUACCAAGGCUUCAACCAUUGCCAAAACAUUUGCAGAUUCAGGUAAUUGAUGGCAAACAUAUGUAGUAUAGCAGUAUGGUAUUGAAAACCUCUUAUUAUUUUUUAUGAGUGGCCUUUUCUCUCGACUUUUUUACUUAAAUGUGAAUAUUGUUGCGAUCAUCGCUGUCACAGAUCGAUAUACAAGGCUUUUGAACCAAUUCCAGCAAACCGAUUUCUGUUGUUGACUAUUAUUUGAAGAAAAAAAAAAACGUUUUACGCCAAUGAUUGUGGAUUCAUUUGAGAAACAUUAUUGGUAUCCUUGAAUUCUACUGAAAAAAU